UCUUUCGGCCGAUCCCAAGAGGAGGGGCCGGGGACUCCCGAGCUCCAGUGGGAGCGAGGUUGCUCACUCGAGUUUGGCUUUCUGGCGCCCAGCUCCAAACUUCCCGGAACGCCGCUAGAGAUUAAGCGAUCGCCAAGGCGAAGAGAAGGAGCGGCUGCCCCGCAGAAAUUUAGCCGAGCGCAGGAACGAUCUCUUCUUUCGGUAGCUGGAGAGGAAAGAGGCUCUCCCCAACAUGGGCCUCCUGGAGUGGCUGCCUUCUGGCGUGUACGGUCUGGCGCUCGCUACUGCUCUGGCUUUCGGGGCGUUCUGUGCUUUCGGCAGGAGGAAAAGGCACCCUGGAGAACCUCCCUUAAUAAAUGGUUGGAUUCCUUUCUUGGGAGAAGCCCUGAAUUAUAGAAAAAAUGCUACUGAUUUUUUAUUAACUUUGAGUAAAAAACAUGGAGAUAUUUUUACUGUACACAUGGCUGGCAAAUAUAUUACAUUUAUAAUCAACCCCCUACAAUAUCCCAUUGUGACCAAGAGCAGCAAGUAUCUGGAAUUUUCAGAAUUAGCAGAUCAAAUAUCAAGCCAAGCAUUUGACCAUCCACCGACUAUAAAUGAAAAAUACCCUGACCUAAAUGAACAUAUACACAGGAAUUAUCAACAUCUUGUUGGCAAAUCAUUGGACACUCUCUCUGAUAACAUGAUGAGGAACCUCCAGAUUGUAUUUAAGACAAAGUUUUCACAACUGGUAGAUUGGGAGAUGGUAAAAAUGCACAAGUUCUGCUUCUCUAUAAUAUUUGAAGCCAGCUUUAAAACAUUCUUUGGAAGGGAUCCUUAUAAUGAUGAUUAUAAUGUUACUGACGAAAUUGGAGAAAAAUUUCUUAAGUUUGAUGCCAAUUUUUCCUAUUUGGCUCUAAACAUACCAAUUACGUUGUUGGGACCAACCAAGAAGAUCCGGAAAGAACUCAUAAACUUUUUUAAUCCCAAAAAGAUGGAGAAAUGGUUAGAUGUUGCUAAAGUGAUCCAAAGCAGAAAAGAUAUUCUUGAAAGCUAUAACUUGCUUAGCGAUUAUGACAAAGCAGCACAUCAUUUCACCUUUCUGUGGGCCUCGGUGGGAAACACAAUUCCUGCUACAUUCUGGGCGAUAUAUUAUCUGUUGAGGCACCCAGAAGCUUUUGCAGUGGUGCGUGACGAAAUUGACCAUUUGCUGCAGUCAACAGGUCAAGAGAGGAAGCCAGGAUGCAGCAUCUACCUCAGCAGAGAACAAUUAGACAACCUGGUCUACUUAGAAAGUGCUAUAAAUGAGACCUUGCGACUGUGUUCCUCGUCAAUGAAUAUCCGUAAAAUCAAAGAAAAUUUUAUUCUCCAGUUUGAAGAAAAUCGUGGAGUCUCUUUGAGGAAAGGAGAUCUGUUCGCAAUUUUUCCUCCCAUUCUGCACAUGGACCCUGAAGUCUAUGAAGAACCUCAAACAUAUAAAUUUGACCGCUAUGUGGAGAACGGCAAGAAGAAAACAACCUUCCUCAAGCAAGGAAAGAAGCUGAAAUAUUUUCUAAUGCCAUUUGGUUCUGGCAGCAGCAUGUGUCCAGGCAGAUUCUUUGCAAUGAAUGAAAUUAAACUCUUUGUGGUUUUAGCAUUGGUUUAUUUUGAUAUGGAUAUAAUGGAAGACAAACAACUUGGACAGGGCAAGGAUAGAAUAGGCUUGGGUAUUUUGCUGCCAGAUUCUGACAUUAUUUUUCGUUAUAAGCUUCGGUCUUAAUACAGACCUCUGUUGCUUAUAUAACUAUCUUGUUCAAAUCAGUUCUGUCUUUUAUCAAAGGUAAUGGAGCAUUUGCAUUUAUGGGUGUCUUUACAGGUUUACUGUACUUUCACUGUUAUUAAGUGUUUUAAAUAUUAUCAUAGACUCUGCUUUUCUGUGCAAAAAAGAAUGCGAGAUAAUCUAUGUAAAUUCUUUUUAUGAUACAAGUACUAGGAUCUAAGGUCCCACAAGUAAUUCUGACUCAUCCAUGGAUCCAUUGGUCUAAAGAAAAUUUGAAACUAUAACUAAAAUCCUAAACAUCUUUUCGGGAAGGUAAAAUCUACUCAUCCUAGUGACAUGUAAUUCAGAGGAAACAAAUAGGGCUCACUUUUUCUGUUGAUUCUGGAAAAAUCCCAAUAAUAAGUAUUACUUUUACUUGUAUCCUUCUAUUGCCAGCCUGAGGCAUGGUAACAAGGAUUUAAUCUUUCAUCCCUACAUUCACACAGAAAACAAAAUGUUAAUAAAGUUAAAUGCUUUUCCCUGCCAAGGUUCUUUUGUUUUGUAGCCAACAGUUUCCUUCUUCUAGGCUACUGCAUUUGGCAAAAGUUGUGAAACUUGCUAAAAAUAUAAACAAACUCUGACAAACCCCUUUCCCAUCCUCUUUAUAUAUUCUCUAUAACUGGUAUGAAGAAGAUGGGAUAUGCUCAAAAGACUCCUUUAUAUGGAUUCUGCAAUAAAGCAAGGCGGAUUGAAAAAUAUGACCAAAACUGGGGAAAGUAUUUGUCUUCAUCUCACCAAGGCACUUUAUUUUGCAGAGAUGAAGAGAUUCUGCUCAUCAUGGAAAGAAGGAACACAAUUCUCUCUGAUGCACUUAUGAUGCUUCAACACUUUGACCACCAGUUCCAUAACCAGAAUUGGUUCUGCAUAUAUUUGCUCCUCCCCCCCCCCCCAUUUCAAUCCUUCAAUCCUGCCAAAUUCUCAGAGACUCCCUGGACAAGUCCCUGCAGUUUACUUGGCAAGGUUUUUUCAGAAAUAAUUUGUGAUUGUUUUCCUCUGAUGGCGGAGAGGCAGUGACUGACUGAAAGUCAUCCAGCUGGCUUUGUGCCUCACCUGGGGUUAGGACUCAUAGUCUCCUGAUUUCUAGCCUGAUGCCCUAACCACUACACCAAACUGUCCCUAUACAUGCAGUUUUUCUUUC